GGGAAGUUGGGAACCAGGAGGAGUCAGAAGCGGCAUGACGGGAGAGGAGACGACACGCGGGGGGGAAGGGAGUCCGAUGCGGCACUGACGUCGGGCGCCCGUGCUAAACAAUGCGGGAACGGCGGCCCGUCGUCUUGCUUACAUCCGCCAGGAAGAUGGAUGAAUCCCACCUGAAGAGCAUUUCCUGAUCUCAUUUGAGGACGUCUGGAACCCAUCAAGCUGAACUAAACCUCCUCUUUCUCGUGGGCUGCACGGCGCUCCUCGUUUGUCCAGACUUAAACCUUGUGAAGUUGGACCGACUACGUUUAAAAAUAAAAAAACAUCCCAGCGAAGCUCGGUGAAGUCGGCGUGCAGUAAAUCAACACGGCGGCUCUUUUGAUUCCUUCAUCAUGACGCGGUGCAGCGGUGGACUGCGCGUUCCGGAGGGCUGGCUGACCUGUCGAUGUGCACCGUAGGAUUCUAUUCCUGGAGCCUCAUUGCUUUUACAGAUUAACCGCCUUCCAAUAUGGCCCCAAUCCGCCUGCAAAUUUGACUGAUGCUUGGGCGUAAUCAACCAGCAGCCAUCUGAGACACGCCAUCAAUCCACAUGGUUCCCAGUUGACUUUGGGUAAAAGGCAAACCAAAAAGGCAAACCAAAAAAACUAGAUUGGUCGAACCUGCACCUCAAAAAUCACAAAAUCUUACCCGUUACUUCUCUAUCAAUCAUCCAUCCCUGAUUUUCUAAACCUAGAUGGAAUGACGUAUCCUUUACAAUUCUAAAAUUGUGCAACCUUUUUUAUAGUAUUUAACAUUGAAACCACAGGCGUUUUUGAGCCUUGAACCUUAGUUCGCUGUCUCUCUGCAACUGUUCCAGACCAAAACUGCUUGGGCAUCCAAAAUCAAGAACGUUCAGAGACUUAUCCAUCCCAGAAUUCUGAAGGACUGAUACUAUACUAUCAUUCCAAAACAACCACACCCAUUUAGAAAUGUCUUCCCUAAUCUUUAAAACUUGUAUUUACAACCAUUUAUGACUCUUUUACCUUAGUUUGCGGUCAAUGCACAGCUGUUCUAGAACAAAACCUUUUUUCGAACCGUUUUCGGGAAGGACUGAUGGGAAAAUCCUACACCCUGGAUUGGUCACAAUAAGACAGACAACAAACCUGAGCAUUUUAAAUCAAGAAAACUCAAGUCGGAUUCAUUAGUUUAUGAUUAUUCCUCAACUCUCAUUGCCACCCAGAACUUUUUUCUAAUCCUUGACGGAAGGAUUAAUAGGAUAAUCCUACAACCCAGACUGGUCGUCAGGCAGAGUCAGACGACAAAGCAGCACCUUGAAAUCACCCCGGCUUUCUGCAACGGUUGGAAUUUCUUUUUCCAUCCUUGACACCCAUUUGGUCAUCAGCUAAGACAAUCAGAUUUUUGGUGAACUCUAGAACUACCAGUGACCUGGAAACAACAAUACUGUUCCGUUAGGAUUGGAUUUUUCGUUAGUCAUCCAUCGUCGGAAAGUUUCUUGAACUGAAAACACGGAUCGAAGGCUUCGGGACUCUUAACCCACGAGGGACAUAGCGUGUGUUGUUGUUUUCGGCGACCGAGCUUUUACAGAGAGAGAAAUCAUAGAAUUGGAUUAAAGAUGGAUUAUCGCUGAAACACUAGCAGCCGGCAAAGCAUCUAAUCCCAUUGUGCGGUCCUCGGGGGGGGCGAGUCCGAUUUUGCAGAUUACAUUUUAGGCGCGGAUGCCAGUCGAAGCCAGCCAUGAUGGAGAACCGAGACGAGCUGGAGCACCCUCUACUGGGCGAAAACCCACCUUCGGGACCGGCUCCCGGGGGAGUCUUCAAGGGAAUGCUGGUCAAAUGCGAGGAGGACAUGGCUUACCCUCCUAUGGCGUGGAGGGGAUACUGCGGUCACCCUCCGGACGUUCAGCAGCCGCAUCAACUUCUGGAUCCGUGUUCCUUGCCCCGCACCUUUGAGUCCUUCUACCCGGCCGCGCCCAUCUGGAGCCACGGGGACUCGCUUCUCAGCAAGGACUACCUGGAGACCACCUUUGUGGACAUCGGGCCAGGAUCUACGCUAGAACGGAAGCUGCUGGCGGAGGCGCACGGAGACUUCCACAGUGCCUCCUACAGCAUGGAUGAUGAAGAUGACCUGCUACCCGACUCAGAUGAUUCGUCCAUGGAAGACUUUAGCGAUAGCGACAGCGACAGCAACUUCCCCCUGAUGAUCCCUCAGGACUACCUGGGCCUGGCCUUCUUCUCCAUGCUCUGCUGCUUCUGGCCCCUCGGCAUCGCCGCCUUCUACCUCUCGCAGAAGACCAACAAGGCUUCAGCCGAGGGUGACCUUCAAGGGGCCAACGCGGCAUCCCGCCAGGCCCUGUGGCUCUCAGUGCUCUCCAUUGUGUUCGGCAUCAUCACUUACAUCUGCGCCAUCGCCGCCCUCAUUUCCUACCUGUCUGCUAAACCACCUUAAAAAAAACGGCUGCAAUUCAAUGCAAACGGAAAAUGGACCUUGCGCACAUGCCAUCAACUGGUACUUGUAAACAUAUUCCAAUUUCAGCGCAUCAGCUCUUCUACUUUUCAUUAUCAUCAAUUGGUCUUUUGCUAAGUCAAAAGCCCUGGUCAGGGGGCGUGGCUUAGUGCAUUCCCAGCUAUUCUUUUAUCUAACCUUAGUCGAAUUGCGCUUGAUCUAUCCAACUGCAGCUCCCUUGCUACCCUUUGUAUUCUCCUUAACUGUACCAAAGUUAGAAGAGAAACACACUGUAGAUAUCAUCGUCACUGUUAAGAACAACUCGAAAUAGAAGUGGAAAAUGGUGGACCUCACCGUGGGCUGGUGAAGUUGAAAAACCACACCACAACUCAAUUCUUGAAAAAAAUUUUUUCGUAUCGUUAUGAUACUGUGGUACAUAUGCAGAAUAUCUUGCGCGCUUGAGUUAGUAUCGUAUCUACUGUGAAUGCCACCCGAAUGAAUUUGCAAAUAUCCCCGUUUUUGCGGUGGAAAUAUUAUCUUACUUGCAGCUAUUACCAUAUUUUUGUGAAGUUUUAACUCAUUCACUGCUAUUGAUAGAUGAAUGGGACGACUCAUUGGCUGCUUCUGCAAUUAAUCUCAGUUCAUUUUGGUUAAUCUAACAAAUGAUCAAUUGAUUGGGUUUUUUGGUUGUUUUUUUUUAACUCCAGAGUCCAAUCAACACCACAAAAUAAGCAAAAAAAAAUUUUUUUUGCUUCUGCAAUUAAUCUCAUGUUUUUUUUUAUCUUUCGGAAAAUAACUAUAACAGAUUUCUUUGAGUCAAUACCAGAAAAUUGGGCAAAAAAAAUAAUCUCGUUGGCUGUUUUGCAGUUAAUCUCAACUAAUCAUUAUUCAUCUAGCAAUAUAUAUAUAUUUUUUUAACUUCAGAACAUGUAACAGAUUUACUUGAGUCAAAUAAAUGCCAUAAAUUCAGUCGCCAUAAAUGUACUUGAGUCAAAUCAAUGCCAUAAAUUUAGGGUUUCCAAAUUUCCAAAUGUAACUACUAGAUUGGCUGAAAUACUCAUUGGCUGCUUCUGCAAUUACAGAAUGAUUAAUCUAGCAAUAGAUUCAUUUUAUUAAAUAUUUUUUUAAACUUCAGAACAUAACUUCUAACAGAUUUACUUGAGUCAGAUCAACACCAAAAAUGUAAGACUGAAAAGAUGAACUCACUGGCUGCUUUUACUAUUAAUCUCCAAUAUUUACGAUUGCUCUAGCAACCGAUUAAUAAGAUUUUUUUUUUUUUAAUUCAGACCAAAAUUUGGAACAUAUUUACUUCAAUUCAAUGUUAUUUGUAUAGCACAACAAGGUUGUCUCGAAGGGCUUUGCAUAGGCAAUAUGAUACACAGUCAGAAACUUACUUGUGUGAAAUCAACGCCAAAAAUUAGGCUAAAAAGAUGAACUCAUUGGCUGAUUCUGCAAUUAAUAGCAAUCAUGAUUAAUCUAUUACUGGAUUAAUCUUAUUAAAUGUUUUUUUUUUUAACUUUAGAACUUGCAACAGAUUUACUUGAGUCAAAUCAAAACCAAAAAUGUAAGACUGAAAAGAGUAACUCACUGGCUGCUUUUGCAAUUCAUCUCAAAUACUUACGAUUAAUCUAGCAAUCCAUUAAUAUGAUUUUUUUUUUCAAAUUCAGACCAAAAUUUGGAACAGAUUUACUUGAGUCAAAUAAAUGCCUAAAAAUUAGGCUAAAAAGAUAAACUCAUUGGCUGCUUCUGCAAUUAAUAGCAAUCAUUAUUAAUCUGUUACUAGAUUAAUUUUAUUAAAUGUUUUUCUUUUUAACUUCAGAACUUGCAACAGAUAAAAAAAAAAAAAUCAAUACCAAAUCAAAUCAAUACCAAAAUGUAAGACUGAGAAGAUUAAUUGUAAAAGCAGCCAGUGAGUUAAUCUAAAAUAUUAACGAUUAAUCCAGCAAUCGAUUUAUACGAUUUUUUUUUUCAAAUUCAGACCAAAAUUUGUAACAAAUUUAUUUGUGUGAAAUCAAUGCCAAAAAUUAGGCUAAAAAGAUGAACUCAUUGGCUGAUUCUGUAAUUAAUAGCAGUCAUGAUUAAUAUAUUACUGGAUUAAUCUUAUUAAAGGUUUUUCUUUUUAAACUUCAGUACUUGCAACAGAUUUACUUGAGUCAAAUCAACGCCAAAAAUGUACGACUGAAAAGAUUAACUCACUGGCUGCAUUUGCAAUUAAUCUCAAAUAACUACGUUUAAUCUAGCAAUAUAUUAAUCUUUUUUUUUUUUUAUUCAGACCAAAGCUUGUAAUAAAACGAGUCAAAUCAACACAAAGAAAUAAGAUAAAAAUGGCUAACACAAUGGCUGCCACUGACGACGAUAGAUGUCGAAACCCUUUUGACUCGGUCGUUCGCUGCCAUCCUCUCCCAGUCCUAAUGGAUCGGACAUCUAUUGCUGUUAACGGCAGCCGAAGAGUUAAGUGUACAAUAAAGUAUCACACGUCACUUUCUCACCAGAUGCUAACUCGAGUGCUCAGGUUAAAAGGUAUCAUCACCCUUCAAUUCAGGACAUUUUUGGAUUGAAUUUGAAGAUUUUUUAAAUGAAACGAGAGGACGCUGUCGUAAAAAGUGCCAAAAGAGACUGCAUGGGGGAGUUUUGCUACAUGAUGUACAAUGAGAAUUCCUUUGGCAAUUCUAAAGACGAAAAGGUGUCCAGCAUGAAUCCCUCACCUGACUUGGCUUGAGCUUCAGCGUGCCAUUAACGUAAGCCAGUGACUAUUUUAAGGGAAAAGUCCACAUUUUCUAAGUAGGUGUAGUUUUUUUUCUUUUUUCAAAUAAUAGAGUGCACUGAUGAAUAGCAAACACAAUACAAAAACUGUGAGUGAAGUGCCAACCUUCCCACUAUGCUCCUCCGCCGUUUUUUCGAGUCGUUUCUCUGUCACGUGGACUUCUCCGGUCUCAAGUUCUUCUGUUUAUUGUACAUAAAGUGGAAGGAAAAAUCAGUGAAUCCAAAUCAAUAAAAAAUGCACUGCUUUGAAAGACGGAGUCGGCUUCUUUUUAUGUUUUAGAUGAAGAACCCUACCUCUUGAGUUGACCUCUUUCAUCUUACUUGCACCAUUGCAUCCCUUUUAUCCUAAUAAAGCACAACGCACACUACACAAACAAACUUGGAACAUAAAUGGCCUGGAAGUGAACUGAAGCAGAGGAGGUCCAAAGUGGCUGAUUAAUAUUUUAUUAGAAAAAUUGGUCUUUGUGCGUUGAGUUAAAAAAACACAAAAAAAAGAUCAGACGCUUUUGGAGUAGCGCCGCCUGAGAGACUCUCUGUGGAAGCUGAAGAUCUUCUCGGACGUUGUUUGACUGACAGCGAUGCACUGCUGCAUCUGUAUGAACACACGUAAUUGACAUUUUUUUAACCC